AUGGGUGAUCUGCCCAAACAACGUGUAACACAGUCGAGACCAUUUGAAAACGUUGGACUUGAUUACUGUGGUCCAUUUUCACUUAAAGAAAAGAAAUUUCGGAACACUGGAAGCAUAAAAUCUUAUGUAGCAGUAUUUGUUUGCUUCAGUACAAGAGCCGUUCAUUUAGAAUUGGUAACAGAUUUAACUACUGAGACUUGUUUAGAAGCGGUAAAACGAUUCUGUUCUAGAAGGGGAAAACCCAAAAACAUUUACUCUGAUAAUGCGACCAAUUUUGUGGGAGCUAAAAAUGAAAUUAUGAAGAUUCAAGCAUUUUUUCUAGAUGAUAAAAAUCAAUCAAAAUUCCAACACUUCUCACUUUCCGAAGGAUUUGACUGGCACUUUUCUCCCCCUCGAGCACCGCACUUUGGCGGCUUAUGGGAGGCUGCCAUCAGAUCUUUCAAACAUCAUCUAUAUCGCACAGUAGGCGAGUCAAUGUUCACGUAUGAACAGUUUAAUACCUGCAUAAUUGAAAUAGAAGCAAUACUGAACUCGCGACCUUUGACUCCAUUGUCCAGUGAUCCAAAUGACCUCAUAGCCCUUACUCCAGCUCAUUUCCUAAUUGGAGAUUCGUUAAAAACCGUGCCUGAGCUUGACCUUCGGGAUGUGCCAGUCAACCGAUUGUCAAUGUGGCAGCGAAUUCAACAAAUAAAGCAACACUUCUGGGUGCGAUGGCAUAAAGAAUAUUUAAAUCAAUUACGAACCAGAAGCAAAUGGCAUCAUAAUGAUGUAAAGGGAAUCUCAGUCGGACAAUUGGUGACAAUUAGAGAAGACAAUCUACUACCAAUGCAUUGGAGACUCGGUCGUAUUAUUUCGGUCCACCCAGGACAAGAUAAUAUCGUGCGUGUUGUAACCGUUAAAACGCAAGAUGGGAUAUAUAAGCGAUGUAUUAAGAAACUCGCACCGCUACCAAUUAAUGUAUCCACAGACAAUUCCGCUUAG